GCGGGGCCGGCGGAAGCGCUCGAGUGUCGUUUCGGCUGCGCCGGAAGUUCCUAGCCGGGCCUGGCGGUAACCUUCGGGGCGUCGCUGUAGCUGCCGCUGCUGCUGCAGUGGGCUUUGCGGGUCUGAACCUCGGCGGGGCUAAGCUAGUUAACUGCCGAGAGUUGCCAGGUUUGCGGUGGAGGACGCUGAGGCCCGUGGGGGGCAGGCACACGGGCGCAGGGGCUCCCAGCCGACAUGUCUCUAGUGGCGGAAGCCUUCGUCUCCCAGAUUGCAGCUGCAGAACCUUGGCCUGAAAAUGCUACGUUAUAUCAGCAAUUGAAAGGGGAGCAAAUUUUACUUUCUGACAAUGCAGCUUCUCUUGCAGUGCAGGCCUUUUUGCAAAUGUGUAACUUGCCUAUCAAAGUAGUUUGUAGGGCAAAUGCAGAAUAUAUGUCUCCAUCUGGUAAAGUACCUUUUAUUCAUGUGGGAAAUCAAGUAGUAUCAGAACUUGGUCCAAUAGUCCAAUUUGUUAAAGCCAAGGGCCAUUCUCUUAGUGAUGGGCUGGGUGAAGUCCAAAAAGCAGAAAUGAAAGCUUACAUGGAAUUAGUCAACAAUAUGCUGUUGACUGCAGAGCUGUAUCUUCAGUGGUGUGAUGAAGCCACAGUAGGGGAGAUCACUCAUGCUAGGUAUGGAUCUCCUUACCCUUGGCCUCUGAAUCAUAUUUUGGCCUAUCAGAAACAGUGGGAAGUCAAGCGUAAGAUGAAAGCUAUUGGAUGGGGAAAGAAGACUCUGGACCAGGCCUACUGAACUUGAUGCACUGGUAUUUGGCCAUCUGUACACCAUUCUUACUACACAGUUGACAAAUGAUGAACUUUCUGAGAAGGUGAAAAACUAUAGCAACCUCCUUGCUUUCUGUAGGAGAAUUGAACAGCACUAUUUUGAAGAUCGUGGUAAAGGCAGGCUGUCAUAGAAUGUGUUAGUCUCAGAAGUCUUAACUUUUGAAAGAUGUUUUACUUGAAUGUUAGAUAUUGAUGUCAGAAUUUUAAAACCAAAUUACUGCUUUUUGAAACCUCAAAACAAAUUAUAUAAUGUAUCUUAUAUAUGUGCUUUAUAUUGUUAUUUGUGUAUACAUUAAAAUCUGAAUUAUUUCAUCUGAUAUGUCAUAUUCUGUAUCUUGAAAUUUUUGUUUCCUUGAAACAUGCAUGCAUAUAAAAAUAAAGCUUAAACAACUAUAUGGAUAUUA